UUUGAAGAUUGUAUUUUAUAUUAUUGGAAGUAAAUUUUCCUUCAAUAAUAAAAGAAUUGAAACAAUGGACAAUGAAAAUUCUGUUAUUUAUGGUUUAGAAUUCCAGGCCAGAGCCUUAACUCCACAACAAGCAGAAACUGAAAAAAUAAGAUUUAUAAUAGGAACCCAAUUUCUCAAACAAACUAAUAAUCAAAUCCAUUUGAUAGAGUUUAAUGAAGAAAUAUCUACAAUAAAAACUUCGGUAUUCCAUCAUUCAGCGGGAGAAAUUUGGAAAUUAACGUCUAGUCCAACUGAUUCCUCCAAGAUAUCAACUUGUUACAACUCUCUGCUAGGGGAAAACAGCUGCAUCAUGAAAAGUGCAAUUUUAAAACUACCUGAAAACGAAAAUCAUGAUACCAUAGAAAAUCUAGAAAUUGUAACAAAACUGGAUACCUCUUCCUUUGGAAAUGAUAUUAAAACUACAGAAUUCCAUCCAACUGAGGCAAAUACAGCAGUUACCUUAACAGACAGCCAUGUUGUUCUUUGGGAUAUUUCUGAGACUGAAGGAAGAGCUGUUAGUAACAUAGCCUUAGAAGGAAAGAAUAAUCCCAAGUUUACAAAUGGAAAAUGGAAUCCACAUCAAAAUUGUAAUCAGUUCAGUACAGCAACUGAAACACAUAUAAAGACUUACGACAUUAGAUCUGGAGAAUUAGCAUGGAGUAUAGAUCAAGCACAUUGUCAAUUUAUACGUGAUAUGGAUUAUAAUAUGAACAAACUAUACCAUCUAGCUACAUGUGGAGAUGAUGGGUUUUUGAAGAUUUGGGAUUUCAGGCAAACUAGUGCUCCAGUAUUUUCAAGAAGUGACCAUUCUCAUUGGAUAUGGUGUGUCCGAUUUAAUCCAUUUCAUGACCAGUUGGUGUUAACAGCCAGUUCAGAUGCACGAGUAUUAUUAUCAAGUGCUGCAAGUGUCAGUUCAGAAAAUCUCAGUGAAACACUUAUUACUGAUGAUAAAGAAGGCCUGGACACAAAACAAAAGUUAAAAGAUGGCCCUCUUCAAUGGUGUGAGCAUGAGGACAGUGUGUACUGUGUUGAAUGGUCGCCUGCAGAACCAUGGGUGUUUGCUUCAUUGAGUUAUGAUGGUCGGCUACUGAUAUCUCAUGUGAAGAAAUCUCUUAAAUACCAAAUUUUAUUGUAAGACUAGAUAUUUUUCAGUUUUUUUAUAUUCAUAUUUUAUGUUAUAAUAUUUAUUA